CGGUAUCCCCCCUAAGGAAGUGCGUCAUUCAUCGUCACUUCCCGACCAAGGCCACGCCAGUGGUCACGUGAUCGGGGCUUUUACUUCUCUCUUGCUUCCCCGAUCCGAUUAAAAAUAUAAGGAAAAAUGGACCCGAACAUUAAUUUCGCCGCGCCAAGCCAGCGGGACCGCGUCCAGUUCCCGUGCCGUGGGACCGGCGGCUCCUAUCGCGUUUUUCGAGCGGCAGGGACGCGAUUCUGGAAGAUUCUGCUCUCGGGGGCGGGCGUCACGUGACAUCGCACGCGGCUCCGGCCGCUCGGUAAAGAUGGCGGCAGUCGGAUAGAAAGCGGCGGAGGAGCUAUGUAGUAGUCACCUCGAGUCUGCUGCGGUUAUUUGGAAGCCAGAACUUCGACAAGUAAGUGUGCGUGUGGAGGCUGCGGGAUCGUAAAAUGGCCGCCGAAAAUUCGUGGACUUCACUGGUGUAAAAAAAAUAAAUAAAAAAGAAUGGGACCGGUGCUGGCGAAACUGUAAAAAAAAAAAAAUAGAUUUGUUUUGUGUUCGCCUUGUCCGCUGUUACGGUGACUGAGCAUAUCACGAAGAGGUCCGAGGCUUUAAGGACUGGCUUCACAACAGCAUUGUCACAGACCAGCCCCGGGCUCCAAGGCGGCAACUCGCGUUUUCUGGACUCUUGGUUCUUUCUGAGCACGUCAAAACACUCUUUCCUCUCGCUAAGGAAGGUGUUUUACAGAUGACUCUGCUGGAUUUGUAGAUUGAUUAAAUCUUUAUAAACAAUCUACAUUUAUCCUCUAAAUGAUGAUGGAUCCAGGUCAAGAUCUGCUGCUUGCUGCUCUGAGCGAGAGUGGGAUCAGCCCCAAUGACGUCUUCGAUAUUGACCCUAUGGAUGCUGGCAUGCCAUCAGCCAUUCAGCAGCCAGUGCCUCUGAGUGCCCUGGAUCUUGGUUUGGGAACAGAACCACUGACGACCACUAUAAAACAAGAGCCAGCAGUGGUGAUAAAGCAGGAGCCAGCACUUCCACCCACUCCUACGGUCACUAUCAGGAAGCCUCAGCCAUCCACCACAACAUUUGUGCUCAAUCAGCUCAAUCAGCUCCCUUCCCUGGGAACAAUUGUUGUGACCAAACCAUCUGUUGGCACCACAUCCAGACAAACCAUUACAGUGGCCAAGGUUGUUCAGACCUCCUCCACGACGCGGGCGCCCACCACUACUGUCCGGACUACCCUGGUCCCACCCAGUAAGGACCAGAUCCAGCUGAAAGACCUGCUCAAGACCAGCAGCCUCAAUGAGCUGAUGAAACUCAAGCCACCUCCAAAUAUUGCCCAGCCAGUGGCAACAGCUACAACUGAAAUAAAUAAUGGAGUAAAGAAGGAGGUCUCAAACAAAGACGUUGCAAGAAUUUGGAUCAAUGAUGACCUUAAAAUGAGGAGUUUUUCACCUACCAACAAAAUACCAGGCAUUAAAGAGGAAGAGGAACCAGAGGAGGAGGAAGAGGAAGAGCUAGGUCAUGCAGAGACAUAUGCGGAAUACAUGCCAAUGAAAUUGAAAAUUGGCUUGCGCCACCCAGAUCCAGUUGUGGAGACCAGUUCGCUGUCCAGCGUUUCUCCUCCUGAUGUCUGGUACAGGCUGUCUAUUCCCGAAGAGACCAUUGAUAGAGGAUGGCUUUCAGCACUGCAGCUAGAGGCCAUUACAUAUGCUGCUCAGCAACAUGAAACAUUCCUUCCCAAUGGAGAUAGGGCUGCGUAUUUAAUAGGAGAUGGAGCAGGUGUCGGCAAAGGCAGGACCAUAGCGGGAAUUAUGUACGAGAAUUACCUCCUUGGUAGGAAAAGGUCACUAUGGUUUAGCGUAUCCAAUGACUUGAAGUAUGAUGCCGAAAGAGACUUGAGAGACAUUGGAGCAAAAAACAUUCAAGUUCAUUCACUGAAUAAGUUCAAAUAUGGAAAGAUCUCUUCCAAGCACAAUGGAAGUGUGAAAAAAGGUGUCAUUUUUGCCACUUACUCCUCUCUGAUCGGUGAAAGUCAGUCUGGGGGGAAAUACAAGACCCGGUUUAAACAGCUUCUGCACUGGUGCGGUGAGGACUUCGAUGGAGUAAUUGUGUUUGACGAAUGUCAUAAAGCUAAAAAUGUUUGUCCGAUUGGGUCUUCUAAGCCUACUAAGACUGGCUUGGCUGUCUUGGAACUCCAGAAUAAGCUACCAAAGGCAAGAGUUGUGUAUGCCAGUGCUACAGGUGCUUCUGAGCCCAGGAAUAUGGCGUAUAUGAAUCGUCUUGGAAUCUGGGGUGAAGGAACCCCAUUCAAGGAGUUUAGUAACUUCAUCCAGGCUGUGGAAAGAAGAGGGGUCGGUGCUAUGGAAAUAGUUGCCAUGGAUAUGAAACUAAGAGGGAUGUACAUAGCAAGACAGCUGAGCUUUGCUGGAGUGACCUUCAAGAUCGAAGAAGUUCCUCUAUCACAGGACUACAUAAAGAUGUAUAACAAGGCAGUUCGCUUGUGGGUAAGUGCGAGAGAGAAGUUUCAGCAGGCGGCCAACCUCAUGGACGCGGAGCUGCGGAUGAAGAAAUCCAUGUGGGGGCAGUUCUGGUCAGCACACCAAAGAUUCUUCAAAUACCUGUGCAUUGCGUCCAAAGUGAAAAGGGUGGUUCAGCUUGCUCGAGAAGAAGUCAAAAACGGAAAGUGUGUAGUUAUCGGUUUGCAGUCCACCGGGGAAGCCAGGACGCUGGAAGCAUUAGAAGAAGGAGGAGGGGAGUUAAAUGAUUUUGUUUCCACAGCUAAGGGUGUGCUGCAGUCCCUGAUUGAGAAGCAUUUCCCUGCACCUGAUAGACAAAAGCUCUUCAGCCUGCUGGGAAUUGAUUUAUCGGCAAAAAAAACUCCUUCUCCUAAUGACAAUGCUUCUACUGACCAGAAGGGGAAAAAACGAAAAGGUCAAGAAUCAAAAAAAGAAGCAAAGAAACCCCGCACAUCUGGCGGUCUCUCAGGCAGCAGUUCUGAUGAAAGUGAUGUUGACGAAGACUCGGAAAAGGGCUCAAGUGAUAACGACAGCUUCAAGUCUGGCAGCUCUGGGGAGGAGGACGAAGACGACUUCAAUCCUUUCAGAGAUGAAUCUAGUGAGGAUGACGAAGAGGAUCCUUGGCUAUUCAGAAAAGAGCACAAAAAAGGCAAAAUAAAGAAGAAUAAAAAGAAAAAGAAGAGCAUCGAUCCAGAUUCUAUUCAAAGUGCCUUGUUAGCAUCUGGUCUUGGGUCGACAAGACCUAAUUUUACAACUCCAGCUGUUAAAACUCCAGCUAGCAGUGCACCUUCAGUUGCAAAAAAAGAGAGCGACAGUAACAGCUGUGUAACUAGUCAAGAUGCCGUUGAAAUUGCCCAACAGAUGAAACGAGCGUUACUUGAACACCUGGAAAAACUUUCAGAAGAGCUUCCUCCUAACACACUGGAUGAACUGAUCGAUGAACUAGGAGGCCCUGAUAAUGUGGCCGAGAUGACUGGGAGGAAGGGCAGAGUCGUGAGCAAUGAUGAUGGGAGCAUAUCUUAUGAAUCGAGGUCUGAGCUUGAUGUUCCUGUGGAAAUCCUGAAUAUCACAGAAAAACAGAGAUUCAUGGAUGGAGAAAAGAACAUUGCCAUUAUUUCAGAAGCUGCAAGCUCUGGUAUUUCAUUACAAGCAGACCGGAGAGUUAAAAACCAGAGAAGAAGAGUGCACAUGACUUUGGAGUUGCCAUGGAGUGCUGACAGAGCAAUUCAGCAGUUUGGAAGAACACACAGAUCUAACCAAGUGACAGCCCCAGAGUAUGUGUUUCUUAUUUCUGAGCUUGCUGGAGAGCAGAGGUUUGCCUCAAUCGUCGCCAAACGCCUUGAGAGCCUUGGUGCCCUAACCCAUGGUGACAGAAGAGCCACUGAAUCCAGAGAUUUGAGCAGAUUCAAUUUUGACAAUAAGUAUGGACGAAACGCCUUGGAGAUCGUCAUGAAGUCCAUUGUGAAUUUGGAUUCCCCUUUAGUGUCGCCACCGGCUAACUUUGAAGGGGAUUUCUUCAAAGAAAUUCGUCAUGGUUUAAUUGGAGUAGGAUUGAUAAAUGUUGAAGACCGUUCAGGAAUUCUCACAUUGGAUAAAGAUUACAACAACAUCGGCAAGUUUCUGAACAGGAUUCUUGGCAUGGAGGUCCAGCAGCAAAAUGCACUAUUCCAGUAUUUCUCCGAUACUCUGAAUGCUGUUAUCCAGAAUGCCAAGAAGAACGGCCGUUAUGACAUGGGCAUUUUGGAUCUUGGCUCAGGUGAUGAGAAAGUGAAGAAGAUUGAUGUGAAGAAGUUUCUCACCCCUGGAUAUUCUACCUCAGGACAUGUUGAGUUGUACACGGUAAGUGUGGAGAGAGGUAUGUCUUGGGAAGAUGCAACUUGCAUUUGGGCUGAGCAAACUGGGCCAGAUGAUGGCUUUUAUGUACAGGUAAGAAAUAAUAAGAAGACUGCAAUCCUGGUGAAGGAAGUCAAUGCCAAAAAGAGGCUAUUUCUUGUGUACAGACCAAACACAGGGAAGCAGCUUAAACUAGAGACCUAUGCAGACGUCCGGAAGAAAUGUAAAAAGGUACUUUCAGACGAUGCUAAACAGCACUGGAUGGAUCAGUACAUUUCGUCAGCUGACACCUGUUCGCAUGCCUACUGGCGAGGUAAUUGCAAGAAAGCGUCAAUAGGGCUUCAGUGUGAAGUUGGGCUCCGCUGCCGAAUGUACUAUGUCCUGUGUGGAUCGGUGCUCAGUGUUUGGACUAAAGUAGAGGGCGUUUUAGCGUCGGUCAGUGGAACCAAUGUGAAAAUGCAAAUCGUUCGUUUAAGAACUGAGGAUGGACAAAGAAUCGUUGGUUUGAUCAUUCCAGCAAACUGCGUAGCCCCGCUGAUAAACAUCCUGUCCUCGUCAGACCAGUCUCAACAACUUGCUGUCCAGCAGCAACAAAUGUGGCAACAGCUUCACCCACAGAGCAUUAACGCCUUCAGUAACACAUAGCACCCAGCGUGGACUGGACAGUGGACUUAAUGUGUUACAUUUAAGAACAUGCUCUGUGAGCACAUUGUGAGGCAGUCAGAAGGAAACAUUCAGGGUUCUUGUCCAAAGAAUUUUCUUUCAUUAGAAGUUCACUGGAACAUUCAACACCUCGCACUUCAGUUCAGAACUGAAGAGACCUCUGUGAAUUUCUGGAGGAGAAAUGUUGAAACAGAUAAAAUAUUUCUUCCUCUUUUUUUCAUAACGUUUCAUGUGCUUUCUACUGGCUUCUGGUCAUAAUUACAGGUUUGUUCUGUAUCUUCUGCAAGUGGAGUGCUUGAACUUUAUGACAUAUUACAGUGCUCAGGGGUUAGUUAAAGAAAACAAUCACUUUUUUUAACUCUGAUAUGCUGAGAAUAUAUAUUGAAAUGCAUGUCACCUCCCCCUCAUGUUCCUUAAUGUGUUGAUGCAUACAUUGUACAAAGCAUGGAAUUGCAAGUUUACUACACUGCAUACAAAUGUUUCCUGUUCCUUUCAUUUAGUGUACCUUAUAUUCAUGCUUAUGAAAAUGGUUCUCAAGGUGUAAAUUCCUUUUAAGACCAUGUUCACCACAGGGUUCAACAUGCUAAAAUUGUGACCUUGCAUGAUUUUAAAAAAAUAUCAUCCCUGUUUUCCCUUUGUGGUUCACUUUAGAAUAAACAUUUCUUUAAUCAUAGCUAAUUUAAACAAAAACAUUGGACUUGCAGAAUGGCUAGUCAUUGAUCUUCAAUAGUAUGUUCAUGAAGGUAUAUACUACCUUUUGUUCUUAAAAUCCCCAAGAUAUCAGUCUGUAAACUGGAAUGUCAUUUACAUUAAGGCCACUUCAACCUUGUCUGGUCUUGAUUUAUAUUUUUUAAUUUUCUAUUUACACAUUUUAAUAUUUGCUGUCUCUUGAAACAGAUCUGAUGCAUUUAAUUUCAGGACGGGACACAAGACUCUUUAUAAAAGCUUUUCAUUUGUGCUGUAAAUGUUAUAAGAUCGAAAAUGUUUCUCUUAAACUGGUAUGGAUAUUUUGCUGUACAAAUGUGUAUAGUUACAUAUCUUAAAUAUGAAUUGUUUGGCUUAUAAGUAAAAUUGAUGUUUAUAAGAUAUUGAAGGACAAUGUCAUUUCAUGCUUGCACGAGUUGCACUACUGACAGAUUUCAUUGUAUAUUGAAAUUAAAUCUGUUUAAAUUACAUUGCUGCAAGAUUAGGACAUCUUGCAUAUGACCAAUAAAUCUAGAAAAACUUUG